AUGGCCCGGAAAGAGGACAUGCUGCCCCCGGGCUGGGAGGAUCUAGAUAGGCAGAUGGGCCAGCUCUUUAUGAUGGGCUUUGAUGGGACAUCAGUCAAUCCUCAGAUUCGAUCGCUCAUUGAAAGUUAUCAUCUGGGCGCUGUGCUGCUAUCAGCUAAAAACUUGAAAUCUGCCGAGGAGGCGACCAGAUUGGUUCUGGAAUUGCAGACCAUUGCACGUGAUGCUGGCCAUCCGGUGCCUUUGCUGAUUGCGCUGGACCAAGAGAAUGGCGGCGUAAACAGUUUAUACGAUGAAAUUUAUAUCAGACAAUUUCCUAGCGCCAUGGGCAUUGCCGCAACUGGAUCUAAAACUCUGGCCCAUGAGGUGGCUGUUGCAACAGCACAGGAGCUCAAAGCUGUCGGUGUUAAUUGGAUCUUAGGGCCAGUUUUGGAUGUUUUGACCAAUGUGCGAAAUCAGCCAUUAGGCGUCCGCACCUCUGGCGAUGACCCCCAAGAGGCAUCUCAGUUCGGUGUCCAGUUCAUGCGAGGAUAUCAAGAAGCCGGCUUGGUGACCUGCGGGAAGCAUUUUCCAUCUUAUGGUAAUUUGGAAUUUCUCGGUUCUCAAACAGACGUUCCAAUUAUCACAGAGUCACUGGAGCAACUCAGUCUCAGCGCUCUUGUGCCUUUUCGCAGUGCUAUCACGCAGGGUCUUGAUGCAAUGAUGGUAGGCGGAGUCUCCUUGUCGUCUGCAGGUAUGAACGUGAUGCACGCCUGUCUAAGCGACCAGGUGGUUGACGAGCUCCUCAGAAAGGACCUUCAAUUCCAAGGCGUGGUCGUCUCCGAAUGUCUAGAGAUGGAAGCUCUCACGCAUAAUAUUGGAGUAGGAGGUGGUACAGUGAUGGCAAAGAACGCUGGCUGCGAUGUGAUUCUCCUAUGUCGAUCAUUCCCAGUCCAGCAAGAAGCCAUCAAUGGAUUGAAGUUGGGAGUGGAAAACGGGAUCAUCGGCCGUCCACGGAUUGAACAGUCUUUGCGUCGGGUUUUAGAUCUGAAGGCCCGUUGCACCUCGUGGGACCAGGCCCUAAACCCUCCGGGUCUUUCUUCACUUACACAGAUGCAACCCUCGCAUACUAACCUUUCCACCCGAGCCUACAACUCUUCCAUCACGGUGAUGAGAGAUAAAAACAAUUUGCUACCGUUGUCCAACGUUAUCGAAGCGGACGAGGAACUUUUGCUGCUGACACCGUUGGUCAAGCCACUCCCAACAUCAGCGGUUUCUCUGUCGGCCUCGGAGUCUGCGCAUGGGUCAAUGGAUCAUCUGUCUGCGGAUCGGACUUCAUCGGUUUUAAGUGGAGAGAGCGUGUUUAAAGAGCUAGGGCGGUCACUAUCGCGGCAAAGAAACGGUCGGGUGUUACACACCUCAUAUACUUCCAACGGCGUGCGCCCAAUCCACGAGGACUUAAUCCAGAGAGCGAGCGCGGUGGUCGUUGUCACAGCAGAUGCCAAUCGCAACUUAUAUCAGCAAGGCUUCUCUAAACAUGUCUCGAUGAUAUGUCAAUCACAGUAUAGCUCGUCAGGCGAGCACCAAGCGAAACCAUUGGUCGUGGUGGCAGUCAGUUCACCAUACGACUUUGCCAUGGACUCCUCGAUCGGUACCUAUAUAUGCACAUACGACUUCACGGAAACGGCUCUUCAGGCAUUGGUCAAGGUCUUGUACGGUGAUCUGACUCCAUCUGCUGCAUUGCCUGGCUCCAUUGGUCGCACCCAGAAAAUUCAUCAAUCUCGGCAGCAUUGGCUGGUCGAGAAUUGGAACGAAGACCGCGACUCCUUCGGCUUGGAGGUUUUGCUCGAAUCGAUUCGUGCCGACUGUACCCCGGGUCAGCGGUCGGAAUUGCUAGGAGCGACGUCUAGCAGCUUCCUCUUACGAAAAGAGGAUAUCGAUGAAGCUCAUUUCGUCGUCCGGAACAGUAGCACGCAGGCGUUAUAUGGCUUCUGCGCGACAUACUUCUUUCGGUCAACAGGCACUGGUGUCUUAGGAUGUCUCAUCGUGGACCCGGGUCGGCGCAAAUUAUCAAUUGGCCAUUCCCUGCACAGCCGUGCGAUUCGAACUCUCCUCCAACGCAAAGGAAUGCGACGGUUCCAAUUAGGUUCACGAUUGCCCGGCAUCUACCUUGGCAUACCGACCGUAAAUCCAGUCGAACGCAAGCGGUUACGGCAGUGGUUCGCUAACCUAGGCUGGAACACUGCGCUUUCGCGACCGGUGUGCAGUGUAAUCCUGCGCAAUCUAGCCACAUGGGUGCCACCGGAAGGGCUCACUGCCACGCUACAGAGCGCCGAGAUCACUUACGACCUCGUGUAUGGCUGGGACUUUGCGCGGGCCAUCCUGGAUCACAUCAAAACGUACGCCCGACAGGGCGUUGCCGAUAUUUACCGGAUGGCCUUGGGUGGCGCGCCUAACUGCGGCAUCAUCCGGGCCAAGCGGCCCUCCGACGGAGUCAUCCUCGGGAGUAUCGUGAUCUACAACGAGCGAUCCUCCUUGGCGGAGCAUAUGCCCGUGCUGCGCGCCACCCAGACUUCCGUGGGAGGUAUCUCCUCGCCCGUUAUCUCCCCUUGUGGGGAGGAUUACUCUAUCGUUAUGCAGGGGUUGAUCCUGCUGGCCAUUAAGCAGAUCCGGAAGUUGAGUGCUAACGCCGUGGUCAUGGAUUGUGUCGACGCUGAUGGCAACUUUGACAAUCUCUCGAUGAUGGGAUUUACUAUGCUUCACAGUUUUGAGGAAGUCAACUGUGACGCAGCUACAUGGACGAUGAUGCAUACGUCGUAG